AUGAAUCCUGUUAACGGGUUUAUCUUGCGCCUCCCCGAUGAGUUUCUAGUGGUUAUUCUCGAGACCGCAUCAGAGCAUGACCCCCAACGCCCAGAUGACCGUAUUAGAUAUAGCUACGACUCAUGCAAGAGUCUGGCUUUCGUGUGCCAUCGUUUCAACCGCAUUGUCGCCCCGUUUCUCUACCACACGAUCAAUUUCAAUGUGUCCGCUCCAUUGAGAACUACGACCAAAACAAAGCAACCUGAUCUCCAUGGCGGGUUCACCGUCGUCUUCAAAGAUGAGAGCCAUACAAAGGCAACGUGGGAAUUACUCCGACAUGCCUCGAACUAUAUGACCGAGCUACGUCGUCUUGACCUUCAUCGGAAUAAUUUGGGAGUCCACUUAUCUGAUCUUAUGGAGGUUGAUAUACUUUCGUUGGAGGAGCUGAAUAUAAGUGGGAUGUCGAGUAGCUCAUACAAUAGAAUCCCAAUUCCUGCGAGUUACCCGGAGAAUGUAGUGAUACCCAUCAACAAGCGGCGAACAGCCUCAUUCCGCAAACUGCAUCUAUCCCACUUUCAGGCUAUCCCCACAGCAACAUCCGAGAUAAUCAACUGGUCCAAACAUCUCACCCACUUCAAGCUAAGCUUCUUCAUGAGCGUAUAUCCCCUGUACCUCCAAGACUUGAACUCAUGCCUCCACCACCACCACCAAUACACCCUACGAAGUAUUGAUAUCGGCUAUUUGAGCGACGAACGCCGCCCACGCUUCUACGCUGUUGACUCCCCCAACCUCGAGGAACUCACUCUGUCGCGCUGGCUGAUGCCCGAGAAAGGCCUGCAAUUCACAUCAGCAGAUGCGGAUGCUCUCCUCGGGCCUAAGCUGCGUACUUUUCAUUUGACUUUACGCUACUCGAUUGGCAUCCUGAGAGAUGGAACGAUGUCGGGGAGCAGGAGGAGCAGUGGUUGA